AUGAAUGUGCGGCCUAUGAGGGUAGAUGACUUAAUGGGCAUGCAGGCGUGCAACUUGCAGAACUUGCCCGAAAACUACACCAUGCGAUAUUACUUGUAUCAUGCGAUGACAUGGCCGUCUCUAUCCUACGUCGCUGAGGACUACAAAGGUCGGAUCGUCGGGUAUAUUCUGGCGAAGAUGGAAGAAGAUUUGAAAGAGGGAGAAGAGCCCCAUGGUCACGUCACCUCUCUAUCUGUUCUGCGGUCAUAUAGACGGCUAGGGCUCGCAAAGAAACUCAUGGUGCAAUCGCAGGAAGCCAUGAAAAACAUGUAUAACGCAUCUUAUAUAUCCCUGCAUGUGCGAAAAUCUAAUCGAGCUGCCUUGGGUCUGUACAAGGAUACCCUUGGCUUCUCAGUGAAGGGUGUUGAGAAGGCGUAUUACGCGGACGGAGAAGAUGCAUAUGCCAUGCAUCUUCCUCUCAGAAAGGAUUCCUAG